UUUUUUUGUUGUUGAAAAGUGAUAUACUGUAAUUAAAUAAAAAAGUCAAUUACCUAUUUAUAAAUAAUAACAACACAUAUCACACACAUAUUUAUUUACUUCAAAAAUGGUCCGGGGUUGUUGUGGCUGUUGUUCGGCUCUUAGGCCACGAUAUAAGCGAUUGGUUGAUAACAUCUAUCCAUCCAAUCCUCAGGAUGGUUUGGUUAAGUCAAAUAUGGAGAAACUUAUUUUUUAUGCCCAAUCGUCGCCCGAAAAGUUAGACCGAAUCGGUGACUAUGUGGCCCGUAAAGUGGCCCGAGAUUUGUCUCGGCAUAGAAAUUGUUAUGUUGUGGUAGCCAUGGAAGCAAUGGACCAAUUGUUGGUCGCAUGUCACGCACAGACACUAAAUCUAUUUGUCGAAAGUUUCCUAAAAAUUAUUCAACAACUAUUGGAAAGCCAGGAGCCGGAUAUGCAGAUAUUGGCCACACAAUCGUUUGUUAAGUUUGCGAACAUCGAAGAGGACACACCAUCCUAUCACCGGAGAUACGACUUUUUUGUAUCGAAAUUUUCCUCACUCUGUCACAAUGGUAACAACAAUCUGGAGAUACGGAAUACAUUGAGAACGGCCGGCUUGAAUGGCCUCAAAGGUGUCAUCCGGAAGACAGUCAGUGAUGACUUGCAGGCAGACAUCUGGGAGGAGACACACAUGGAUAAGAUAGUACCGUCACUGUUGUUCAACAUGCAGUGCCAGGACGUUAUCGGAGCAUUGACCACAACAACAACCGACUCGACCGCCGGCGCUAACACUACUGUUCCCGCGGCUGCCAUAGCCGAAGAAUGUCUGAAAGAGCUGGUCGGUCGGGCCGCUUUCGGACACGUGCACAGUGUAGUCAAACCUAUAUUAAAACAUUUAGAUAAUCAUCAUCUGUGGUCGGCCCGUCAUCCCAAUGAAUUUGCUGUCCAUUCAUUCAAAAUUAUAAUGUAUUCAAUUCAAGCUCAACACUCCUACGCAGUCAUACAGAUGCUGAUGAGCCAUCUGGACGACAUCAGCCGAUCGGCCGAGCCGUUUGACAGCCAAAUUAAAAUCCGUACCGGUAUUGUCAAUGUAUUGUCGCAGAUCGUAGCCAUAUCGGCAUCCGAAUCAAUUGGUCCGUCCGUACUCGAGAUGAUCAACUCGCUGUUGCAUCACUUGAGAACAUCCAUAAGCAAUAUCCAAGAGAUGGGCUACGCUGACGAAGAGGAACUAUUCCAGAAGACAGUGAUCGAUACGUUGGGCGAGUUUGCCAACAAUUUGCCCGACUAUCAGAAAAUCGAAAUUAUGAUAUUUAUAACGAGUAAAGCGCCGCCAACUGCGGCCGUAUCGUCAACCGAUAGUCAGCUACAGAAUAUCAUAUUGAAGUCACUGCUCAAAGUCACAACAAAGUACAAAACAGUUCAGAUGACCAAAGCGUUUCCGACAUCGUUUCUGAAUCCGCUACUCUCCCGAUCGUUGGCCUCCAAUCCGAAAGUACGGCUAACUGUUCAACGAAUAUUUCAUCAGCUGCUGGACAGACACAACAAUCUCGGCAAACUGUCCCGACCAGUUAGUCUGUCGUCACCCGAUAUGUUGGCCAUGGAAAAGACCGACCGACACGAUCUGAUGUUUAUGAAAAAACAUGGAACCGAACUCCUGUUUCAUAUCUACGAAACUAUACAGAUUGCUAACAAUACCCAACAAAACUUUGCAGCCAUUUAUACGACACUGGCUCUACUGUGUGUUGAACUAAACUCUGAGGAAACCCUAACCGAAUUGUUGCGGUUAACGUUUGCCGUCCAGGAUCUGGCAGUGGCCAAGACAUCGACACUGAGCGAACCCCAUAAGUCAUCCAUUCAUUGUCUAGUAUCUGGUUUUCUGCAUCUGAUCGGCCAUUUGACGGCAAUUCCCGCUUACUGUGCGCACGUCGAACAGGUUAUCAAAAUGCGUAACGAGAGGACACCGUGGCUGUUGCCCGAGUACAGUGCCGAUACCAAGUCGGCUCUCGGCAGCGGAGGACACAACAACAAGAAGCAGGAUGUAAUCGAUUCGACACUGUUAUGUUCAACACCUGAUGACCUAUUGGACGAAUUAGUGUUCAACAGGGCUGUCAUUUCGCAGGCAUUGCAAAGCAGUGGACACGAUGUUAGCAAUUUGAUGACACCGUUUAUGCCGCCAAAUGUCGUCGACUCAACAAUGACCAGAAGUGUUAGCGAUAUCAACACUAUUACUGUCGAAGUAGACAGUGUUAACUCAUCGCCAGGAUUGCCACGAAGACAACCAGAAGAAGAUAUAACCUUCGAAUCGUUGCGUAAGAUCAUCAAUGAGCCGAUUUCAGCCAAACAGGAUGAGCUCGAAUGCAAACGUCUUCAGAUUGUCGACCGUUUCCGUAACUCGUCGUUUCACGAUCUCAUCAAUCGAUACGAACGAAAGCAGUCAAACGAUUUACAACAUAAACUAUUUGAAACGUUUUCGAGAUUUUCGACACCAAUUAAAACGAUUGAAUCAAUUGGUGGACAUGAACUAAGUGUUGACAUCGAAGUUAACAACGCUAUGGAUUGUGUCGAUGGAAUAACCAGCGAUGUCGAGGCGGACGACGACGGCGGCAAUGAUGAUGAUAUCGAUAAUAGUCAGAGAGGGCUGGGAUUACGUAAACAGUUGACAGUCGACGACAAUAGUUGGCAUUUCUAUGACAAUCCAUUGAGAGAGUUAUGUUCCGAAACUGAUGUCAAUAGCGCCGGACCACCGCUUUUUGCUCUCAAAUUUCCCGAACUAUUUGUUUAUUAGUUCUCUCAUUAUAUAUAUAUAUAU